CAAGGUCAUCGAAAGGAGCUUUUCUCCACAAGAUAUCUCAUUUACAGACCUUGAAUUGAUGUACUGAAAAAGUUUCCAAACUCAACAGGGAGAAAAGGAAAGGUACUCGGUGCGCGGUGGAGAAGCGCCUUUUGGUGCCUCCCGCCGCGCCCACGUGCAGCAGUUCAACUCCUGGCAUCUGAUCAGAUAUUUUUGCUCCUGUUGAAAUUGGCACACAUUGCUUCAACCAUGGUCGUGCAUGACUUGUGGUUGUAAAAGUUUCUUCUGAAGCUCCCCUUGUACCUCAGUAUAGUUUGAACUAUUGAAGGGAGUUUUGUUGCCCUUGCAGAAGUUUACCGAAAGUCGAUCUCGCAAUCAGAAGUUAGAAAUGUUCCUUUCUUGAACAGGACUUGCGCUUCUGAUAUCACAUCCCGUGAACAAGACUGAACUGUAUAGGCUUUGUAUGAGUGACAUCGUCUGAAGAGGGUCGUUAUUCUUCUGGAGCACUGACUCUCGACUGCAAAGGGCUUGUUGUUGAUACCUCAUUGCACAAUGACUGAGUCAGGGACUCAACAAGUUGCUACUGAAACCGAAAGAAAGCCAUGGCUGUUCAGCGAACACGAGUUGGAAAAUACUCCAUCGCGACAAGACAAGAUGACGCGUGAACUGGAGCGCACAAAAAGGAAAAGUGUAUGCAAGUUGAUUGCUGAGCUAGGACAGCUUAUCAAACCUCCUGCAUCCUUGUGUGCGAUCAACUCUGGGAAAGUUUUCUUCCAUCGAGUUUUUAUGGUUCAAUCGAUGGCAGAGGGUCGUCAAAAUCCCAAGAUUGUUGGAGUUACUUGCCUCUUCUUGGCCUGCAAGAGUGAAGAAUGUCUCCGUCCUUUGAAGCAAUUCAUCUGGGCUCUCAACAAGUUGGACUACUUGUCAUCCGGAAAGCUUCCUUUCGGGGAAGUUGCAGAGAAAACCAAUGCUCAAGGACAAGUUGUGCGCAAAAAGUGGGAAAUAGAAGAAGACUCAGAAGGAUUCCAGGCUGUUUUGGGGUUUGACUUCAAAGUUGAUCAUCCUGUGGCCUACAUGAGGUCUUUUAUCCAUUUCAUCGAUAAGAAACGCAAGCCCGAAGAAACCAGGAGCUUGACUUCAAAGGAUGAUGGUGACGAUUUUCGGCUCACGGAUCUUGGCGAGGAUAUCCUUUGUAGGGCAAAUGCUAUGGCAAACGAUUCAACUACCAUUACGCUUCCGCUACAAUAUGAAGGGAGUGUAAUCGCGAUUGGCUGCGUCGCGUUGGCCCUCAAAAUCAACAAGUUCCAAAUCGAAAAGAUGAAGAAAUGGAUCAAGGAGUUGGUCAAGUACCGAAGAACAGAGAAGGAACAGUGUGUGUUCGACUCGUCCCAAGUUACGCGGGAAUCCAUCGAAGAUGUUCAGAACAAGCUGCUUGACUUGUAUGAUGAGGCACACGUAGCUGCAAGUCAAGCGCAGGCCAACAGCACGGAAGUCGGUACUGGUGGAGGUAGCCAAACAGCUUCGGAGGCGAAGCCUUCUCCAACCCAGGAGGCAGCCAAGCCGGCUGGUCAACCAACCCAUUCGCGUCCGAAUGGUCACCAUUCUUCCACGGAUGCCAAACUGCAAGACAAGUGCGCAAGGCUAGAGCGAGGUGAAAAAGUGUUGCAUGAAGGCUCGAAAGUGUACGAGCUAAAGAAAGUCGGCAACGUGUACUCGUGCACUUGCUUGAUCUGGCGCAACAUCUCGGAAGUGGAUGAGCGCAGAACUUGUAGGCAUCUCAUCGCCAUCCGAGGCGAGAAGGAAGAGAUGGGCCGUGUGGGCGAGGAGUGCUACAAGAAGUCAGAUCAGGUCUUCCAGAAGUUCCUCCAAGAGGAUCGCAGGAAUCAUCAUCACGGGGCUCACGCCGACCACAAGCGCAAGAGCGAGCACCCUGAGGGGACUGACCCCAACAAGAGGCCCAACCAUGGGCACUGAGGGGCCGCCAUGGGCGCUAAGGGGCCGCCAUGGGCAUCUUCAUGGCGGAGGAGGCGCUGAGCUGAACGUGAUUGAUGACGAAUAAACUCAGUGAAAUCCUG